CGGCGCGCGGUUGCCAACUUACGCGCCGUAGAGCUGCACGACCGGCUCUACAAGGUGCUGCUCGUCGGCGACUCGGGCGUCGGCAAAAGCUGCCUGCUAAUGCAGUUCGUCGACGGCUGCUUCACCGAGAACUACAUGAGCACCAUUGGCGUCGACUUCGUAAGUGCGCGCCGCCGCCAGCAGAAAAUCAAAACCGUGCUCGCCAACCAGCAGCGCGUCAAGCUGCAGAUUUGGGACACCGCGGGGCAAGAGCGCUUCCGCACGAUCACGUGUUCGUACUACCGCGGCGCCCGCGGCGUGGUGGUGGUGUUUGACCUGACGAAUCGCAGCUCCUUCGAGCACGUCACGCUUUGGCUGCGCGACGUCGCGCAGUUUGCGGGCGACGAGGUCCGCGUGCUGCUCGUCGGGAACAAGAGCGACCUCUCCACGCAGCGCGUCGUCGCGGCCGAAGAGGCGGAGGAGCUCGCGCGCGCGCACCGGCUGGCCUACGUCGAAACCAGCGCAAAGCAGGCAGAACGCGUCGAGGACGCGUUCGCCGCGCUGACCAGCGAAAUCGUCGCGCAAGACGCCGGCGCCGUCGGCUGCGGCGAGGGCACGCAGCGGCUCGCUAACGCGUUCAAGCUGAAGCUGGCGCGCGUGCACACGGAUGACCCCGGGCGCAUGAACAUGCAGAAGGUCGCCGCGCUCGGGCUGAAGCCGGGGCCGCUGCUGGGGCAGCUCAAGGCGCGCGGACGCCUCACUCUGCUCGGCACCGGCGCCGCGGUGCCCGGCAAGUUCCGAAACGUCAGCGCCGCCUACUGCCGGCUGCGCGGCUUCGCCGUGCUGCUCGACGUCGGCGAAGGCACGCUGUUCCAGCUGCACCAGUUCGAGCGCUUCUGCGACGGCGCCGACGUGCUUCUCUGCGAGUGCACGUUCGAGAACGCGCUCGAGAAAGAGGCGCGCCUGCAGUCACAGAACAAAACCUUUCUGCACGAAGAGUACCAGUACUUGGACGUGUUGGCAGACAUCCUCGAGUCGGGCGUUGACUCCGACGACCGGACCUCGGUCGGCACGCGCAGCAAGUUCGGCGCCGUGAUGCGAUACGACUUGCGACACAGCUUUCCGUUGCUCACUACGAAAAAGGUGCACUGGAAGUCGAUCGUCUGCGAGCUGCUGUGGUUUCUGAACGGCGGCACGCACUCGCGCGAGUUGGAAAAGAACGGCGUCAAGAUCUGGCAAGCCAACGGCACGCGCGAAUUCUUAGACUCGCGUGGGUUGCAACACUACAAGCCGGGCGAGCUUGGGCCGAUCUACGGCUUUCAGUGGCGGCACUUUGGAGCGCAGUACCGCGGCAGUGACGCGGACUACUCGGGGCAAGGCGUCGACCAAAUCCGCGAAGUGCUAGAGACCAUCCGACGCGAGCCAACAUCGCGGAGAAUCAUCUUCUCGGCGUGGAACCCUGCCGCGCUGCACGAGAUGGCGCUGCCGCCGUGUCACGUGCUCAGCCAAUUCUACAUCGACGCCGUACGCAAAGAGAUCUCCUGCUUCCUAUUUCAGCGCAGCGGAGACUGGGGACUCGGCGUGCCGUUCAACGUUGCCUCGUACAGCUUGCUGUGCCACAUCAUCGGGAAACUCACGGGCUACAAGCCGCGUGAAUUCGUCCACUUCGUAACAAACGCGCAUGUUUACAAUAACCAUAAGGAGGCGAUCGUGGAGCAAACGCGUCGCACGCCGACCCCGUUCCCCGCACUCAAAGUCGCGGACAUCAGCGACAUUGACUCGCUGAAGGUCUCCGACUUUUCACUGGUAGGCUACCACCCGCAGAGCGCGCUUCGGCUCGCGAUGGUCGCCUGA